AUGGUCUUUUGCCAUGUUCGCCGAGGUUGCAGAUUGCUGGUGGCCAGGACCUGUGUUCAGCUGAGGCGCCGAUAUGUGGUUCCGGCUUUCACUCGCUCCUUCACGAGCGCUUCAAGCAGACUUGAAGUGCUUGAAGUGGACAGUUGCGUCCUGCGCUGGGCCGACCAGACACCGACCUCCGUGACCCUACGGGAUCUCUGCGAGAUUGGCUUAGACAGCCGGCGCCGUCGCGAGCACGGCAUCUUCCUUCACCGGGAGCUUCGGAUCCGCCUGGCGCAGAGGAUCCUGGAGCUGACAUCACUGCCGUACCGUUUGGGAGCGCGACGGGGUAUCCGGGACGUGAUCGAGUGGUAUACUCACUUCAUGCACCUGCUGGAGGACUCGCCUAGCCCAGCCACAGAGGAACUGGACGAGGAGUUUACAAAUUUGCUGACCCGCAUCUUCGAGGAGCACUCAGAAGUGAUCCAAGCGAUGGCCUUUGGGGUUCAAGAUUUGAUCUACGAGCUUCAAGAGGACUACGCUCAGGUGCAGGCCGAGGUCGAUGGAAUCCUACGCCGUUUCUUCACUGCUCGCAUUGGAAUGCGUUUCCUGAUCCAACACCAUAUCGAGUCCUUCAGGAAUCGUGAGGGCCACUCUGGGAUCCUGCAGCUUGAAUGCGAUCCCUCCAUCAUCGCGCAGAAGGCAGCCAAAGACAGCUCCAUGCUGUGCAGGGCCCACAAAGGGCAAGCUCCACCCAUCAAGAUCCACCACACGAACCCAAGCACAUUCACUUAUGUGCCGAUGCACUUGCAUUACAUGCUCGUGGAGGUGUUCAAAAACUCCUGCCGUGCCGUUGUCGAGCGCCACGCCGAUGGUUUCGACGACCUUUUACCGGCGAUCCACUGCCACAUUGUCCACGGCAAUGAAGAUGUGACGAUUCGCGUAAGCGACGAAGGCGGUGGCAUCUCCCGAGCGCACCUUCCCAAUAUCUGGAAGUUCAUGUACACCACUUCCAAAAAGUCGCCGUGGGCUGCGGCUAGGAGGGAAGAGGAAUUCCAGACAAAGCCCGGGGAUUCGGCCAGCAAUCCGCUGCAGCGUCCGAAACAGGGCGGCGUGCUUGCAGGGUUCGGCGUGGGCCUCACCCUGGGACGCCUUUAUGCGAAAUACUUCGGGGGCGACCUGAAGAUAUUGUCGCUGGAUGGCUUCGGAACCGAUGUGUUCCUGCAUCUCAACCGGUUGGGCACGGCGUGUGAAGACCUUCCACAGAACGUUCUCUACAGCCCAUCGAUGCGAGACUCAUCGGCACUGGAAGAGGCAGCACAGGAGACCCUUCUCAUCUCAGCUGAUGAGGAGGCUUUUCUGCGACGAGAGCUGCAAGCCUUCCGCCGGAGAGACGAGCCGCCUGACGCUCUCAAGAAAAAAGGCGAAUUGCUUUGCUUGGUCCAGCAAGCACCCCUGGCCUCUCCUCAUUUUAGCAGCCUCAAGGGCGGGGUGUGGGGCAGGGAGGGGGCGAGAGCGGAUCCCAUACGCUCAGAUAGAAAGAGGGAGGGGGACUUGACCAGUUCCGUCGUCCAAGCGCGCAGCCAGUCUCCGCAACGGCUGGCGCCGCAUGUGCCAGUGGCAGAAGAUCGGACAAGGUGCAUGCGGCAGCUGAGCAUCAUCAGAGAAGCUCUCAAGAGGUGGCCUUCAGAAUCCACCGAGAUGGCUCUGCAAGAGGCAGUGGAUUUUGUGCGGCGUUCCUCCUCGAACGAUGGUGAACCUUGGACCCCCAAGGAGCUACGGUGCUUUGGCUUGCGAAUGCUGGCGACGCAUGGCCUGGAAGCUGUCAGCUGGCCAGCAGGCGACUGGCUGGCCAUGCUGCGCAAGGCUUGCAAUGAGAUGGUAGUACCAGAGGCUACUGCUUCAGCGAUCAAGCCUCUGUCCAGGGACGCGGCGGUUCGAUUGGGCGAAGCAGCAUUCCAGCGCUUGGCUGCGCAGUUGGAAGUAGAGUUGGCAGAGCCACGGCCUGCCAAGGUCGAAAGAGUCUUUCCAGCACGCCCGGCAGUGACUGCACGGCGGAGCGUAGGCCCCGAGAGUACAAUGGCCUCAAGUGUGUCCCCCAGCAGCAUCUCCGCAAGCAGCGCACGGGAGCGGCACACGGCUUCUGCUUCUGGUCCAUACAUUCAGGACUCUCGAUUGAUGCAAACGCCUUUGCAUCUGGGACAGCCCUGGCCGACGGUGACGCCGCGCCGUUUGAAAGCCAGCCCUGGCCAGCUCCCGCGGCCCUGCCAUGGACUCGUGAACAGGAAUGGCGCUGGCGGAAUCUGGGCCCCUGCUGCGACAACUGUGCAGGCAGCUGGCUUCAGUCUGGAGGAGGAGUUCGCUCAGCUGCGGCAGGACAUGGCUGCGGAAAGGGCCGAACGCCAGGCCUUGGCCAGUCUUGUGGAGACCUUGCUCCAGGAAAGGCAGCCACCUCGCCGGCGCUGCAGCGUCGCAAGCCAUGGAGCACACGAUGGCUACGCACAAGAAACUGCCCAAGAGUGGAUGCCAAAUUUCGGAUCCUUGAUGGGGCAGGAGUGGGGCCAGUAUCGGCAGUAUAUCAUCAAGGAGGAGGAGGCUCAGACCGCGGACAUCGACACUUUGGAGAUGGGCCGGCCCUCUCCGUCAAGUCCCUCGAGUACAUUGCCUACGACAACCUUGGACCUGCCUCCCCCACCCGCCAACAGAACGGAUCUGAAGCUGUUUACGCAGGCUCAGGCAACAGAAGUUCAUGACAAAGUCCUUGCAGACACUCGGGCAGCGCUCGACCACCUGGAGAAGCAGCUGUGCUUGUCGGUGUCCCCUCAGACUACAACGGCACCUGUCACGACCUCCGGAUCACCGGGCUUCAACUUGGAAGACGGGGACAGACGUGAGUUGGACCUGCAUAACUCGGAUGCAGAUUUCUAUCGCCACAAGUGCUUGGAGUUGGCUGCAGAGGUGCAAAGGCGCGAGGAGGAGCUUGUCCAUCUGCGCCAAGCCCUGCAAGAGGCCGUUUCUCCGUUUUUCUCUGUGAAUUGCCAUGACUUGAUUUGCAGAAUUCGCAUCUUCAUAGGUCGCCCACAUGGAUGGUUCCAGUCUCCCAGUUCGUCGAUCAGAAUUGCCUUUGUUUCGAGGAGAACAAGUGGGGCCGUCAUGCUUCAAUACUCGGUUGCAGACGCGUUGGAGUACACAUUGGUUCACAAUGCCUUCAAGCAACUAGUCGAAGACCUGUUGGCAGCUCACCUGGCGGAGCUGCAAAUCUCAACAGAAGAGUUCACCACGUUCUGUGAAUACGGACUUUCUGGCAGCAACGAGCUCCACAGAAGUCUGGUGGAGCAGUUGAUCAGUGUCGACGACUUCCUUGUCUUCAAGGCCAUGAUGUUGAAGCGCAACUCCGAGCUUUCGAGAGAAGCGCUCAACCCUGUCGGUCAGAUUGUGGUGGCGGACGAUGCGGUCCCCGCCCCACCACAGACGGAGGAACUGGAGACGGAGGCAGAAAGGCUAGUGCGCCUCGAAGCUGAACAACGGUGUGUCGAGGCCGAGCUUCAGCUGGCCAUUGCCCUGUCCAGACAUUUGGAGAAGCGGCUGCAACUCAUUGAGGCACUGAAUGAGGUGCUCGAGAUGGCAGCUCAACUCAGCGCACAUGCCGAAAGCAUGUCCGCCCAGGCGGAGGCUGAAGCUGCACAGCAGGCAGCACUUGCUGCAGCGCAGAUGAUCCAGCAGCAGCAGGAGCAGUUCAGCUUACCGCCAACUCUCCAGAUUCAGCCUCUACUCGAUGGCGGCAUAGGAGCUUCACCCAUCACUCAGGAAGAAGAUCCAUAUGCGGAAGAGAGACGACGUUUGGAUGCAGCUGAGCAGCAGGAACGUGCUCAAAACGCGGUUGCACAGGCAAGCGCCGCCCGUCGGCAAGCGGAGCUGAACCGAAAUCCACAACAGCCCUCCGAGGAAGAGCGAAGAGCGAGGGCCGAGCAUCUGAGACAGCGGCGAGAAGCCCUCAUGGAAAAGAAGAGACUUGAAAGGGAGUCGGAGCUGAGUCGUUUCACCGAGCUGAACGGCCACUCCACAGCGGCUCGCGCUGCGGAGAGGGCAUGUGCAGGUCAGCCUGCCCUGCCAGAGGACGCAGGCAAGAAGCUUGCUGACGAACUACGAGGGAACGUGGAGCCGGAUGGGCCCCAGGCAAACCCUGAGGCACAAUUUUGCGGAAGGAAACUCCCGCUCGCCGUCUUGCUCGGUCUCUCUCUCUCCCUCUCUCACUCUCUCUCCGUCUCCAUGUUGUGUGCGGUCUGGUUCUUGGCCUGUCUAUCCGCGGUGACCUCUUAG